AUGUGUACACCUGGUAGAGGAACAAUCGGACCAGGUAGAGGAUCUGUAGAGACAUCUACACCUGGUAGAGGAACAAUGGGACAAGAUAGAGGAUCUGUAGAGAGAUCUACACCUGGUAGAGGAACAAUUGGACCAGGUAGAGGAUCUGUAGAGAGAUGUACACCUGGUAGAGGAACAAUGGGACCAGGUAGAGGAUCUGUAGAGAGAUCUACACCUGGUAGGGAACAAUGGGACCAGGUAGAGGAUCUGGUAGAGAGAUCUACACCUGGUAGAGGAACAAUGGGACAAGAUAGAGGAUCUGUAGAGAGAUCUACACCUGGUAGAGGAACAAUGGGACCAGGUAGAGGAUCUGUAGAGAGAUGUACACCUGGUAGAGGAACAAUGGGACCAGGUAGAGGAUCUGUAGAGAGAUCUACACCUGGUAGAGGAACAAUCGGACCAGGUAGAGGAUCUGGUAGAGAGAUCUACACCUGGUAG